AUGGAUAUUGACAUAAUAAAUUCAGAGGACAAAAUGGGAAAUCAGAAGGGCUCGCGUGACGGGUUUCCAAGGAAAGGGGCUGGGACGGCAGUGACGGACGGGACCCUUAAGGACUCCGGAAGUGAAGCCGGCCCGGCUGCGCGGCAGGAGGCUUUACCUCCAGUUAAGAAAAACCGGUGCGGGGCCGAAAGAAGGAGGGCGAAGCGGAUGAGAGCAGGGGUUCUGGAAGGGGCUCGCUCUCUUCCCGUGGCUCCCCCUUGUACGCCGGCGGAGGUGGUGAAGGGGCACACCAAUGGUAAACGUCGGAAGGGCUCCAAUGAAACCCCUCCAUCGGGCGGCCGUCCGUUGAAGAGGCAAAGGGCUCAUGAUGGGCACCAUGCCUAUGUGAACGCUGCUGACCUUCUGGCGAGGGCGAUUGCGGCGGAGAGCUACCCCGAGGCGGAGAUCACUGCAGAGCAGUUGACUCUGUUGAGGGGUGCGGUCUCGAAAGAGAUCGACGGGAUCCAAGAGGGUCCGGUGCCCAGAUUCUACAGCACCUUUCUAAGGAGCGGUGCAGCGGUGGUAAGAUGCGCGGACGAGGCAUCGCUGGGUUGGCUCGUGGGGCGGAUCGGCGGCAUUAUUCCGUGGGAGGACGCCAAGCUCAAGGUAAUGGGCAUGGACGCGCUUCAAAGGCAGCACAGGGCGAUGGUUUGGGUCCCGGGACCUCCCGAGGGCGCGGCCACGGUCUUGAAGCGGCUGGAGAAGCAGAACCCGGGUCUUGUCACCGGGAGCUGGAAAGUGUUCGCGGAGGGAGUAGGGGCCACUAAGGAAGGUGGGAACCUAGUCCUCGGUGUCCCAGAGUCUAGUGUCCUCAAAUUGAGGAUGCUGGACUUCAAACCAUUCUUUGGGCUCGACAGGAUUGCCUUUCGAGUAAGUGGGGCCCAAGGGGGGGUAAGGGAGGAUAAGGAGGAGCCCCCUAAAACGGUCUCGUAG